AUGGCAAAGGCAUCUCCAUCGCGCGGAAUCCGCAUAGCCAUAGACCGCGGCGGCACUUUUACCGACUGCGUCGGCGAGCACAAUGGCGAGGAAAUCAUCAUCAAGCUCCUCUCCGAGGACCCCGCAAACUACAAGGAUGCCCCUCUGGAAGGCAUUCGUCGCAUCAUGAGCCACUUUACCGGCCGUGAUAUACCUCGUGGAGAGCCGCUGGAGACAUCGCAGAUUGACUCCAUCCGAAUGGGAACAACCGUCGCCACCAAUGCCCUGCUGGAGCGCAAAGGCGAACGCAUCGCCUUGAUUGUCACAAAAGGGUUCAAGGACUGCCUCAUCAUCGGGAAUCAGUCCCGCCCCAAAAUCUUUGACCUGGCCAUCCGGAAGCCAGACGUCUUGUAUGAGCAGGUCGUCGAGGUGGAUGAGCGCGUCACGCUGGAAGACUAUGCCGAGGACCCAGAACGAACCACAACGGAACCCGACACGGCCGCGGGAACUGACGCUGCCCGAGAAAAGGAACUCGUUCGUGGCCUGUCGGGCGAGACAGUGCGGGUGAUGCGCCGACCCAAGAAUGAAGAAAUCAAGACACAGUUGAAACAAAUUUACGACCAAGGUAUCCGAAGCAUUGCUGUAUGCCUGAUGCACGGCUACACAUUCCCCGACCACGAGGCUGCCAUUGGCAAGCUUGCCGAGCAAGUCGGCUUCACUCACAUCUCACUCAGUCACGAGCUGAUGCCUAUGAUCAAGCUUGUACCCCGCGCCACAUCUGUCUGUGCGGAUGCAUACCUCACCCCCACCAUCAAAAAGUACAUUGACGGAUUUCAGUCUGGCUUCGCUGGCGGUCUUGGCACUCGCAGUGUCCAGGAGACCGACGGCCCUAGAGGUGCUCGCUGUGAAUUUAUGCAAAGUGACGGUGGGUUGGUAGAUGUUGAAAAGUUUACCGGCCUCAAAGCUAUCUUGUCUGGCCCGGCCGGUGGCGUCGUUGGCUAUGCCAUCACUUCAUACGACGAGAACACUAAAACUCCCGUCAUUGGGUUUGAUAUGGGUGGUACGAGUACUGACGUAUCUCGUUAUGGCGAGGGCCGAUAUGAGCACGUCUUUGAGACAACAACGGCAGGCGUCACUAUUCAAUCGCCUCAGCUGGACAUCAAUACCGUUGCCGCCGGUGGUGGCUCGCGGUUGUUUUUUCGCAACGGUCUCUUCGUUGUCGGCCCCGAAUCAGCAGGUGCCCACCCCGGCCCUGCUUGCUACCGAAAGGGCGGCCCGGCUACUGUGACGGAUGCCAAUCUGUAUCUCGGUCGACUUCUUCCUGAAUUCUUCCCCAAGAUCUUUGGCAAAAACGAAGACGAGGGCUUGGAUGUCGAAGCCAGUCGCAAGGUUCUACAGAAGCUCGCUGACCAAGUGAAUCGUGACACUGGCAAGAAUCUGACUACUGACGAGGUGGCGUAUGGAUUCUUAACCGUUGCCAACGAGGCCAUGACCCGUCCCAUCAGAUCCAUCACGGAAGCCAAGGGCCACGAUUCGUCCAAGCACCGACUCGCCACAUUUGGUGGUGCUGGUGGCCAGCAUGCUGUUGCCAUUGCCGAGUCCCUGGGAAUCAGUCAAAUCCUCGUUCACAGAUACUCCUCUGUUCUAUCUGCUUACGGCAUGGCUCUUGCCGACGUUGUUGAUGAAAGACAAGAACCAGAGUCUUCGGUCUGGGCCGACGGCGGCCAUGUCGUCACGGAUUUACGGAACAAGAUGGAGAAGCUCAAGGAAAAGUCUCGCACCACUCUCAAGGGACAGGGCUUCGAGGCCAGCGAGAUUGUGUUUGAAGAGUACCUGAAUAUGCGCUACCGUGGGACGGAGUCUGCUCUCAUGAUUGUGAAGCCCACCGAGGCAGAGGCGAAGGAGUUCUUUGGCGGAAAAGACUGGCAGUUUGGCCAAGCUUUUGUCAAGCAACACCAUUACGAAUUUGGAUUCACUCUUGACGAACGAGACAUCAUUGUGGAUGAUGUGCGCGUUCGUGGCAUUGGCAGAAGCUUCCGCAACAACGAGAAGACUGUCGAUGAGCAACUCAAGACGAUCGAGCGCCAAGAUGUCACGGCGUCAAAACGUCACAGUACACAACAGGUAUACUUUGAGGGUGGACGUGCGGAGACGCCCAUCUACAAGCUUGAGAACCUGGCCGUUGGCGAUGUCAUCCCCGGCCCUGCUAUGCUUGCUGAUGGCACUCAGACUAUUGUGGUUACGCCCAGAGCAAAGGCACUAAUAACUGACACCCAUGUCAUCCUCGACCUGCAGAAAGAAGGUGCCAAAGAUGAAAACCAGACUUCGAAUGAGCGCGAAGUUGACCCCAUUCUGCUGAGCAUCUUUGGGCAUCGCUUCAUGGCGAUUGCGGAGCAAAUGGGUCGUGCUCUUCAGAAGACAAGUGUCAGUACGAAUGUCAAGGAGAGACUGGAUUUUUCCUGUGCCAUCUUUGACGCUGAAGGUGGCUUGGUAGCCAACGCUCCUCAUCUGCCCGUGCACUUGGGGUCCAUGUCAACUUGUGUCCGCCGCCAGGCCGAGAUCUGGAAGGGCCGGUUAGAGACGGGCGACGUCAUUGCCUCCAACGACCCAUCGUAUGGAGGUACACAUUUGCCGGAUAUCACGCUCAUCAUGCCUGCUUUUGAUUCGAGCGGGACACGCAUCCUCUUCUAUGCUGCAUCGCGUGCCCACCACGCUGAUAUCGGCGGCAUCACCGCUGGCAGCAUGCCUCCCAACUCGCGCGAGCUCUUCCAGGAGGGCGCCGUUUUCAAGAGCGAAAAGAUUGUCAGCAAGGGCAAAUUUGACGAGAAGCGCAUCACAGAGAUACUCUACGAGGCUCCGGCGCAGUACCCCGGGUGCAGUGGUACUCGCUGUCUCGCCGACAAUAUUAGCGACAUGCGCGCCCAGGUCUCUGCCAACAAAAAGGGCAUCUCUCUCAUUGAGACUCUUAUUGAGGAAUACGGCGAGGAGACUGUUCAGUUCUACAUGGUCAACAUCCAAAAGAAUGCCGAGAUGUGUGUGCGUAAUCUUCUACAAGAUGUGUAUAAGCGAUUCGAAGGUCGUGAUCUCUCGGCGCUCGAUUUCAUGGAUGACGGUUCGCCAAUCCAGCUCAAAGUCAAGAUUGACCCUGAACUGGGCGAAGCCGAGUUUGACUUUACUGGCACUGGCCCUCAAGUCUACGGAAACGUCAACGCUCCCGAGGCCAUUACCUACAGUGCAAUCAUCUACUGCCUGCGCUGCCUAGUGUCGCAGGACAUUCCUCUGAACCAGGGCUGCCUGCGUCCCAUCCAUGUCAAGAUCCCACCCAAGUCACUCCUCUCACCCUCGCCCGGCGCUGCCGUCGUCGGCGGCAACGUGCUUACUAGCCAGCGCAUCACCGACGUCGUCCUCAAAGCGUUCGAGGCCUGUGCCGCCUCGCAGGGCUGCUGCAACAACCUGACCUUUGGCUUCGGUGGCAACGUGACCGGCCAAAGCGCCGUGCGCGGCUUUGGCUACUACGAGACCAUUGCGGGCGGCAGCGGCGCCGGUCCGGACUGGGUUGGCACCAGCGGCGUGCACGUGCACAUGACCAACACACGCAUCACAGAUUCCGAGAUUUUCGAGCGCCGGUAUCCCGUGCUUCUGCGCGAGUUUUCUAUCCGCGCCGGGUCCGGCGGCCAGGGGCAGCACAAGGGCGGCGACGGCGUGGUCCGCGACAUUGAGUUUCGGAUCCCGCUGCAAGUGUCCAUUCUCAGCGAGCGCCGCGUAUACCGGCCGUACGGUCUCAAGGGCGGCGAGGACGGCCAGUGCGGGCUGAACCUGUGGGUGCGCCGCGUGGAAAGGGCCGACUGGCAACGCUCGCUGCAGUCGGUGCAGAGCGCGGCCACGGAGGGCAAGGACAAGGAAGCACGGGGCGCUGAGUACGAAGAGCGCUACAUCAACAUUGGCGCCAAGAAUUCGGCGGCCAUGGCGGCCGGUGAUCGCAUCAUUAUUAAUACGCCGGGCGGUGGCGGCUGGGGUGCAGUUGGAGAGGAGAGCGUUGCCAAGUCGCGAGGCGACCACACAGAUUCGUGGAAGAAGGGCAGCGGCGCGGCGCGUGAUGACGCAGCGCUGCAGGUAUAA